GGGCACGCCUGCACCACAGUACUGACUGGUGCACGUGGAAACGUUAGUCUGGCAGCCCGACCCCGAGCCUCUAGUUCAAAUUAUAAAGGCUCUUGGAAGUCGUUAUCUAGAAUCGACUCCAUUCCUGUGCACUUUGCGAUGUCAGAAUCAUUUAUAAAGAUUCCUGAUGAUUACAGUGGAUAUGGCUUAUCUCACUUCUGUAUUCCAAAUCAUUAUGUCGAUGACUUAGAAGACAUAAUGAUUCCCUGGGGACUCCUCCAAGACAGAACAGAAAGACUGGCUCGGGACAUUUUUCAGGACUUAAAGGAUGAACCCUUAACUGCUCUGUGUGUCCUCAAGGGUGGCUACCGCUUCUUCACAGAUUUACUGGACAAACUAGCAGUUCUCAAUCGUUCCCAGGCCUUUUCUGUACCUCUUUAUGUCGACUUUAUUAGACUUAAGAGCUAUGAGAAUGCAGAUUCCACUGGCGAAAUACGUGUCGUUGGAGGGGACAACAUGGUCAAUCUUUGUGGGCGCAAUGUACUGGUGGUUGAAGAUAUAAUUGAUACGGGUCGGACCAUGAAAAAGCUCUUGGCCAUUCUUGAACAACAUAAACCGAAAUCAGUGAAGGUUGCCUCUUUGCUGAUAAAAAGGCGGCUAGAUGCCACUGGAUACAGACCAAACUACUGUGGCUUUGAAAUUCCUGAUAAGUUUGUGGUCGGUUAUGCCUUAGACUACAAUGAAUACUUCAGAGAUCUUAAUCAUAUAUGUGUGAUUAAUGAGAAUGGGAAAAAGAAAUAUGCUGUUCCACGAGGAUCACACUAAUAUGGAGCAGUCAUCUUGGCAGAUGACUAUGUAACCUUAUCUACUAUAGUCUCCACUUUUUAUAUUCUCAACAAUGGGUUGUACGAGACUACAGAUUUAGCCACAAAUAAAAUGGGAACAAGUUACAAUAUAUUGAAAUUACAAUAUACAUAUCCAUUAGUAAAUUAAAUAUAUUUUUAUAAGACAGAAGGACUUCCUAGAAGCAUAUGUAAUAGUUAAUUACAAAAUAGAAGCAAUACUUCUUUCAUUCCAUAGUUUUGUAUAUUAGGUGAUACAAAAAAUUGGUGUAUGUAUGACCUAAAAAUUAUAUAUUGACUAUACUCUACUUAGGUAUUUUAAAUUAAGUUCUUUAAAUAUUUUUCAUAUGUGAUUUUUCAAUUUGUUUUUUGUUUAAAUAAAAUUGUCUAGGUUUGUGUUGGAUAAGUUAUAUCUUUAGACUUUAAUACAUAUAAAUUUAAUUUACCCUUUACUGUAUAUUACUUUGCAAAAGUUGUCAUGAUUAAUAUGUUCGUGUUGGCAGUUGUAAUAAUAGUGAAACAAUAAAUUUAACUUUUCAUU